UCCCUUCAGCCGGGCGGGAGGCAGAGCGGUAGCGGGUCCCCUCCCCUCGGUGCCCCGGGCAGAGGAGGUGGAGGUCGCGGCGCUGGCUUGGCUGUUAUCACCAUGUCCACAGAUGGUGGCUUUGGCGCCGCUGGCAGUAGUGAUGCUCAGCAAAGCCUGCAGUCUUUCUGGCCUCGGGUCAUGGAGGAGAUUCGAAAUCUAACAGUGAAAGACUUCAGAGUGCAGGAACUCCCACUGGCUCGUAUUAAGAAGAUUAUGAAACUGGAUGAAGAUGUGAAGAUGAUUAGUGCUGAAGCUCCUGUGCUGUUUGCCAAGGCUGCUCAAAUAUUCAUAACAGAAUUGACGCUACGGGCAUGGAUACACACUGAAGAUAACAAGCGGAGGACUCUGCAGAGGAAUGAUAUUGCCAUGGCAAUUACAAAGUUUGAUCAAUUUGACUUUCUCAUCGAUAUUGUUCCAAGGGAUGAACUUAAACCUCCAAAACGUCAGGAAGAGGUGCGCCAGGCUGUGACUCCUGCUGAGCCUGUCCAGUACUAUUUCACGCUUGCUCAACAGCCUGCCGCAGUACAGGUACAGGGGCAACAGCAGGGACAACAGACCACCACAUCCACUACUACCAUCCAGCCAGGACAGAUCAUCAUUGCUCAGCCUCAGCAAGGACAGACCACCCCAGUGACGAUGCAGGUUGGUGAGGGUCAACAGGUACAGAUCGUCCAGGCACAGCCACAAGGACAAACGCAGCAGGCUCAGAGUGGAACUGGGCAGACCAUGCAAGUCAUGCAGCAGAUAAUCACCAACACAGGAGAAAUCCAGCAAAUUCCGGUUCAACUGAAUGCUGGCCAGCUGCAGUAUAUCCGCUUAGCUCAGCCGGUAUCAGGCACCCAGGUAGUCCAGGGACAGAUCCAGACGCUUGCAGCCAACGCACAGCAGAUUACACAAACAGAAGUCCAGCAAGGACAGCAGCAGUUCAGCCAGUUCACAGAUGGACAGCAACUCUAUCAGAUUCAGCAAGUGACCAUGCCUGCAGGUCAGGACAUCACCCAGCCCAUGUUUAUUCAGUCCACCAAUCAGACUUCUGAUGGACAAGCGCCUCAGGUGGCAGGGGACUGAAUUAGCCCACCGUAGUGAGUAUUCUGUCAGCAUGGAAAUUGACACACACCAGCUUGACUUCUGCCAUUCCGACCGGCUCUGAUG